CCUUUUCUAUUCCCAUAUAAGGAAGGGAGGUCAGGUUCCAAAAGCCCUAAGCGCCACUAGCCUUCUACUUCCUUCCUACACCCGGAACCAGGCGCGAUGGCGGGGGAUGCAGUGCUGCUGGCGGCUGUCUCUCUCCUCUCUGCUUGUCAGCAAAGUUAUUUUGCUUUCCGGGUUGGAAGGACAAGAUUAAAAUGCAAGGUGAUGCCCCCGGCUGUCACUGGGUCUCUGGAGUUUGAGAGAGUGUUUCGUGCACAACAAAACUGUGUGGAAUUUUACCCUGUGUUCUUGAUUGCACUGUGGAUGGCUGGAUGGUAUUUCAACCAAGUUUUUGCUUCUUGUCUGGGUCUAGCGUACAUAUAUAGCCGUCACAAGUACUUCUGGGGAUAUUCAGAAGCUGCUGAAAAAAGGAUGGGCGGUUUCCUGUCGAGCCUGGGGAUUUUGGCCUUGUUGACGGUCCUGGGUGCCCUGGGCAUCGCAAACGUCUUUCUCGAUGAAUAUCUGGACGUCCAUGUUGGCAAGAAACUGGGGCGGUACUUCUAAAUUCCCUUCCCUUCCCUGUCAUGUUUGCCCAAGCUGUUUCCACGCUGAAGGUAACACCAUGUGCUUGUUAAAUAAAUUUUUAAAAAGCC